UUUUAUUCUGACGCUGCAGUAAACUGUAUCCUGUGGAGAAACCAGUUUAAUAUUUCAACAUGUUUCUUCUUGCCUGGGCAAUCGUGUUUUUAUCAGGAAGAGUGUCGUUGUUGGAGCCUGAUGUGGGUCAGAGGAACUGUAGCAUCGUGAUCAAUGAUCUCACUGAGUCGGAUUCUGGAUACUAUCACYUMAGAGUGAAUGGGAAARUGRAURGAAAACCUGAUGGAUUUUCAUACAAGAAAAMAACYARMGUUUCUGUCUCAGAUCUGAACCAAAAGCCCUCAGUGAUGAUUCCUCCACUGACUGAGGGACAGCAGGCCACUCURACCUGCACUGCUCCUGGUCUCUGCUCUGGGUCUCCUCCUAACAUCACCUGGAUGUGGAGAGGAAAAGGAGRGAAMGACUCUCACAUAAUAGGAAACACAACUGCCUUAAAAACUGAGAAUCUCACUGCUUUCACACAGAGACACAGUUCAACACUGACCUUUAACCCUAAAGCRGAGCACCACAACACCAAACUCAGCUGCGAGGUCAACUUCACUGCUGGCACAACUGUGCAGGAGGAAACUCUGAAUGUGACCUAUGCAAGAAAACCUCAGAUCUCAGGUAGAACAAGCGUCAAGGAGGGACAUGAUCUUAAUCUGACCUGCAGUGCAGACAGCUUCCCUCCUUCAGAAAUCAAGUUUUCAAGAAAAUUAAAUGGAAAAGUUCUGCAGAAAGUAAAUGCCUCUUACUAUAUCACCAAUGCAAUCAGAGAAGAUGCUGGGCUUUACAUUUGUACAGCAAAACACCUGAAUAACACUCGGACAGAAGAAAUUAAUGUCACAGUAACUUGGUUUUCAGGGAUCCUAAACACUUCUGAAUGUGUGCUCAAGUCGGAGCUGCUGACCUGUGUGUGUAUCAGUGAGGGGUUCCCUCUACCCACCGUAAAUUGGUCACUGCCUUUGGACCACACUAACAACUUUGUCACAGUGUCAGGACAAGCUGUCUACAGCACUGUUACACACACCGUCAAAAGCCAUGAAAACAUCAGCGUUAAAUGUUUCAGCAGCAAUGAAAWCGGAGAAAMAGASAAAAMAUUCACAAUUCAAAACCCACCAGAUGAGUCUUCAACAGUUCCCUGGAUGGAAAUCCUCAUUGUCGUUUUUAUCGGGGGAAUUAUUUUUAUCCUUCUUUCUGUUAUUGCCAUGAAAUAUUACAGAAAAAAAUUGAAGAAGUCUGGAAAUUCGGUUAAAACUCUUGAAACUAUCCCUCCAGAUGAUCCACAGGUAAGCUGCUUUUAA